AUGUCGGUUGGUUUGGAUUUCCAGGAGUCUCGGUUGAGUACUACAGAACCUUUCGAAAGUGGCAAUUAUAAAAAGGCACUCCAAGAGGCAAAUAAAAUUCUCAAAAAAACACCAAAUUGCACGUCAGCCAAGGCACUUAAAGCACUUACACUUCAUAGAUCUGGAAGGAUUACUGAAGCCAAUCUGCUAGCUGAUGAACUCAUUAAGUCAUACCCCACUGAUGAGUCUACACUUAAUGUCAUCAUGUGUUAUUUCCGGAAAACUGGACAGGGCGAGAAAAUAGCUGAGUUCUUAAAACGUUCUCUAGAAAGGUCACCCAACAGAGAAGAUUUGCUGGUCUGUUUAUUCCUUCAUCAUGUCCAGGAAAGGAACUUUUCUGCACAGCAAGCAACUGCUAGGCUUCUUUUACAAAACUUCCCAUCAAGUGCGUUCAACUACUGGGUUAUAAUGAGCACAAUAAUGCAAGCCGAAUCAAAUCCUAUAGUGGGACAUCGCAUGUAUUUGCCGCUUGCGGAGAAGAUGCUAAUCAGGGAAGCUGAGAACGGAAAAAUGACUAGACAUUCUGAGCUUCAGGUGCUAAUAGAAUUACUCGCUCGCCUUCAAAAGCAUGAAGAAGCUUAUAAACUUCUUGGUCGAAAAGACAUUACAGAUCGUAUAGAUACCGAGGACUACAUUUGCGAUUACUCUUCCAUGAAGCUCAGUUUGUUAGCUCAUUUGGACAUAUGGGAUGAUCUUUACGAAUUGGCGAAAUCUCUGACUCAAAUCAACCCAGACGACUGGACACCAUGGAAAAAACUAAUUGAGACGUCUUUAAAAGAUAUACAGCGUGUAGAAAAAGUUAUGUCGUUAAUCGACAUCGCCAUAACGAAUCAUCCUCAUAAUCGUGGCCCGCAACUUGCGCGUUUGGAUAUGUAUGCGAACCUGUUACAGUUGGGAAUGCAUCUUGUUUGUAAUCAUAAUCCAAUGACAUUCUUGGAGGACUACUUUAAUGCAUUCUCUCAUAAGCCCAUAUGUUCUAUGGAUUUGGCUUACCUUGUACGUAUGGUUUUACCAAAAGUGGAUGAUCAAAUCAAGUAUAUUAAUUUUGUUAUGGAGGUUGCUGAGAUUGAUAUAAACUUCACAAACAAAGAAGAUAAGACAAUUUAUCGUCAUCUGUGCGCUCACCAGAUAGCACGUGCUAAUAAUCAAGGAGCUUCUUUACAGUCAUUACUUCGUUACUACUUUGGAUAUGCCCCAGAUCGUAGUGAAGUUUUACUAAAGAAGUUAAAAAGUGUUGCUGUUAAUAAUGAAACAACUACUCUUGACCUUUAUCCAGUUGAUGGAUUUUUGCUAUUAUCUUUAUCCUCGCUUUUGGAAACAUCCUCUCCGGUUUAUGAGUGUCCAUUCUCUCUUGGAACUGGACUUCUUUCCAUUUACUGGAUCUAUGCAAUCGGAUUAGAGCACACAAAUCUUAAUCACCAUUUGCGCAUAAAAUUGUGUAAUUUAUACUCUUCAGAUUUUCUUAAUUGUCCUGAACUUAUAUUGCCCCAGCUAGACAAACUUGAAAUCAAACAGUUGCUGUUCCUCUCACUAGGGCAUUUAAUUGUAAAACCCUCUCCAUCAUUGGCCAUGUGUACAAGUAUAGUGGCUACACAGUCACAAGUUGACGAUAGUAGUUCUAUACAUAGUCUUUAUCAGAAGAUUAUAACACUUUCUAACAGUAUGGUCACGGAAGCGGAAGAGUUUUUAGUUGCUGCAUAUCGAAAACAUGCCUAUACAAAGGUUCGUGAAUUCACACAAUUUAUCAGCCAACUUCAUAAUGCUGACGUAUUUCUAACUGUCCGUGUUGAAAUGCUUCAUUGGCAGUUGAUUGUUUCAGAACAUGACUUUGAUACACUUCUUGAGCAACUGGGUCAGGCUCAAAUAAGUAUUGAUAAUGUUACAAAACAACUUCCGAUGAUUGUUGAUUGUCGGGACUUUUCAGUCACACCGAACUUUGAUCAAUAUGAACGAGUUGAAAACGUUCGAUUGUCGUUUGACCAUUUAAAAUCAUGGUUAAAUCUCCGUUGUUUAACUCUAAAUGCUGUUGUCUAUUCAACUUCGCUCGUAAUGUCAAUUGUUAAAGUUGAACAUUAUAUGAUGUCCGAAAGUCAGCAUGAAAUUGCAGAGAACGUACCACCAGAAUCUGUCAAAAGUUUAAACAGUCUGCUAUCGACAAUCAAUGAUCUCGAUUCACAUACCAAAGAACCAUCUACAAGAGGAUUAAGCGAUUUUAAAUUACUAUCAUGGAGUAUUAUGGUAAAACGUGAUCAAAUACUCAAAACAUUCCCUGAUUUGCCAGAUGUAUCAUGCGCUUCAUUAUAUUGCUAUGGACCAUACCGAAGGGUUUUAUCUAUCGGUAUUGAACUUAUAUUAGGACUUCAUAGUCUGGUUUCCGAAAAUCCUUCUGCCUUUACUAAGAAAUCCAUGGACUAUCUUCUUCAAUCCUUGUAUGAAUCCUUUUUGUCUGGAAAGUUUACUUCUGAAGAUACAGACAUACCAAAGCUUUAUCCAGCUAUAAAUACUUCUUUACUGUCUUCACCAAAAGACGUUCAUUUGCCUAACGGCAUUUCUAGUGAUAAAGAUUUUGUUCAUCCUGGUGGUGUUUUAUUAAUCCUGACAAUGUUUUAUGAAAGUAUUUCUUUGGCGACUUUACUAGUAUCAAUAAUUCAAAGUGCCUUACGUCCUAGGAGCCAUUAUCAUCAUGAAAUAAAUAAAUAUCAAAAGAGAAAAAGUAAAAAAGAUAAAGUAAUAAACACUAAUUCAAAUCAUUCUCCAAUUCUCAGUUUGUUAGACAAUUUCGGUGUUGGUUUAUACAAUACUACAACAAAAUUGGUAGCUAUUACUGAUCAAUUAGUAGAAGUUACCAGUUGUUGGUCUACUUGGUGUCAUGAUGUUUCAUGUAAAGAAUUUCAAUUGAUUGCCUCAAAUGCUUGUACACAUGUACUGCCUGAAGAUUUCUUAUUACAGUAUCCUGUACUAAAACCACCUAAUUGUGCGUUUGAAGAGCUCAGUAACGUCUACGAGAAAAGUUUUAAUCGAAUUGCAGCCGGUCUUCGUAUAAAAUCGUCUUGUCUUCAAAAUAUAACAACUGAAUUGGCCGUGUAUCAGUUUAGAACUCAUGAAAUAGUGUCUGUUCAUAACUCAAAUUCUUCACCUUAA